AUGUCUUUUGCCGUAUCUCGCGCCGUCGUCCGCCAGUCGCGGUUCGCCGUCCGCCGCGCCGGCCUGCGCAAUGCCUCUACCACGUCCGAGGCCGCCGGCGCCGCAAAGGAGAAGGCCGCCGAGGCCUCGUCCAAGGUCCAGUCCAAGGCCUCCGAGGGCCUGACCAAGGUCAAGAGCUCUGCUGACAGCGCUGCGAGCUCCGUCAGCAACGCUGCCAGCAACGCCGCGAGCACAGCCAACAGUGCUGCGAGCAAGGUCCAGGGCAGGACGGGCCGCCUGGUGCGCGCUGUUCAGGGACUCAUCCCCCAGGCUCUGUACUACGGACGCGUCACCCUCGAGGUCGGCAAGCUCAUCGCCCACCAGCGCAGCAUGGCACCACCCUCCAUCCAGACCAUCCAGGGCUACCUCCAGCCCGCCCUCAACGCCCUCCGCCACCCCGCUUCGCUCGUGAACCGCAUGAACCCCAACACCAUUCUCAGCCAGGUCCGCGGCGCAUCGAGCGCACAGUACUGGAGCGCCGGCGUCGUUGCCGCCGAGGUCAUUGGCUUCUUCUCCAUUGGCGAGAUCAUCGGCCGCUUCAAGCUCGUUGGGUACAGGGAGAAGGGCCACGGCGGCGACAGCGAGGCCCACGCAUAA